AAAUAAAUUGGCAUUCAUUGAAUCAGAGAACUCAGAACACCAAGUGAGAAACAAAUCGAAAGUGGUUUUCAGAUUAUUAUUCUUAUUAUUAUGGGCAUCGAAUCGCCGUUUAAGCGAGACAUAUUGAAGGGAAAGGUUGCGCUUAUAACAGGUGGAGCUUCUGGAAUCGGCUUCGAAAUAUCGACGCAAUUGGGCAAACAUGGAGCCUCCGUCGCUCUUAUGGGUCGCCGCAAACAAGUCCUUCAUUCCGCUGUCUCCGUUCUUCAAUCACUCGCCAUCCCUGCGAUAGGGUUUGAGGGGGAUGUGAGGAAGCAAGAGGAUGCGGCCAGAGUGGUGGAAUCGACAUUCAAGCAUUUUGGCAGAAUCGACAUUCUCAUCAAUGCCGCUGCAGGCAACUUUCUCGCUUCCGCAGAGGAUCUCUCCCCAAACGGCUUUCGAACUGUUUUGGACAUUGAUUCUGUUGGCACAUUCACAAUGUGCCGUGAAGCACUUAAAUAUCUCAAGAAAGGGGGAGAAGGAAGAAGCUCUUCUGGUGGGGGAACAAUAAUAAACAUUAGUGCUACCUUACAUUAUACAGCUUCUUGGUAUCAGAUUCACGUGUCCGCAGCAAAGGCAGCUGUUGAUGCCACUACUAGAAGCUUGGCACUAGAAUGGGGAACGGACUAUGACAUUAGAGUCAAUGGGAUUGCACCAGGUCCAAUAAGUGACACUCCUGGCAUGAGUAAAUUGGCUCCGGAUGAAAUAAGUAGCAAAGACAGAGAUCAUAUGCCUCUAUAUAAACUUGGGGAGAAAUGGGAUAUUGCCAUGGCAGCUGUUUACCUAGUAUCAGAUGCAGUGCCUGCCAUUCAAAUGUCGUAUUUUGUGAGGUCUGGAAGUGAAAUCCCAAGAUGUUUAGGUGCAAAAUCAUUAUGUAAUUGGGAAGUCGGGUUUUUCUGUGCAUUAUUUCUUAUUCUUCAUACUCCUAUAUGCUCCACCACAAGUAUAAACCGUUCAUCUUUAUACAAACAGUAUCCAUUUGUUUGCAUUAUUUAAGGAGAAUGCUAACCAAGGAAUGCUGAGUGGAAACCUUUUAUAACUGUAACACUUAUUGUUACCAAUGCACAUCUGCCGUAAUUUUUAAUAAAAGAUUAAUUGAUUCUCUGAUAAAUGUUCUUGGGAUAUUCAUUAGUACAACCCUUUUAGUAAUAUCUGUUUAUACUUUGUUGCAUUUUUAUUCUAUUUCUUUUAUGAUUUGCAUACAUACAAUUUAUGAUAAGGAAUAUCUGUGCUGUUCUUAUUGAAAAUUUCUUUUAUGUUAUGUAGUCUUUGCUGCUAGCAGACUCUUCCUAUGGUAGAUUUGAUGGAAACUAGUUUUUCUAGCUUACACUCGCUGCACUUUGUUUCUAUGUAAUUUAUGCUUUUCCAGAAUAAAAUGCUCUUCUUUUGUGAUCUCUAAGAUUUACUAAUCUAUUCUUUAACCUUCUACCUGAGCUCAGUAGGGGGCCUAUUGCUUGAAGAUAUAUCCAUGCACACUUUCUGUGCCCAUCCCAACCCUUAUUGCACGAAUAUGUGACCCUUGAUAUCUUGGCUCUAUUGUUGCCACCCUUUGGCUAGAUAAAUUGUCCAGCAGAACUCAAGCGUGCAUUACUUUUCUUUUACAUCAAAUUUUUAUGGAAUAUGCUAUAAUUAUUUUGUAAAAAAUGACCGCACUUAAUUUUAGGAAAAAAAAAUCUUUUGGUAUGAAAAACACCAUGAAAUAUUGAUUAUUCUUGACUCAGUAAGAUUUUUCAUUCAGAAUGCAUUAUUUAUUUUCUGAAUUUCCAUCAUAGAUUAUGGUUAAAUCAACUAUAGAGACACUCGAUAGUCAUGUAAUCAUAUUUUCAUCUGUUUAUAGAACUUAAUUCGUUUUUAAGGUUGUUUAUAAAUGUUCCUUCCCAUAUACUCGUUACUUCUAUGCCAUCAUAUUAUUAUAUCAUAUUAAUAACCUUUGUUAAAAUAUUUCGAAUAAGUACCCUUUCCUUUCACUUUUUUUUUUUUUAAAAAAAUUAUAUUUUUACUCAUAAUUUGUUACCAUCUCAUUACACUGGAAAAAAUAUUUAUUUAGAGACUGUUAAAUUGUUGGAAUGGGGACAACGUUAACUCUAGAUACUUGUAUCAGUCAUCAUCUUGUUCGUUUCUUUUUUUCUUCUUUUGUCUUCGGAACCUUAAAGCAUUUCUGCAAAUUUGUGAAGGAAAAUACAUUAAUGGUGACACUAUCAAAGUUGACGGAGGACUUUGGCUGAGCCGGCCUCGACAUUUACCCAAAGAGGCAGUAAAGCAGGUAUCGCGGGCAGUAGAAAAGAGAUCCAGGAAUGAACCAGUUGGUGUUCCAAAAAGCAAGCUGUGAGCAGCAGUUGGUGCUUGGAACUUAAGCAAAUUCCGCAGUAGCUUUGAACUUGAUAUGUGGGUUGGUGAAUAAACAAAUCCAUCUCAAUGAAAGGUGAGUGCAUGCGAUGCACAUUGCUCAAUGGGUAUUGUAAAAGAACCAUCCAUCGCCAUGGUACGAACUUGAAUUGGGUCGUCAGAUAUUUAUGACGAGGACAAAAACACGUUUUGUAUAUCUCGUUGUGAUUUCUUUGAAACCUGUUGUGUAGAAAAUUAUUAUUGGCCAAUUCCAUGAUAUAAUUGGUACU